CUCGGCUCCUGUCAAAAUAAAAGGCCCCCUUCUCUCUCUACACAUUUUCUCUUACCAAGAUCUCUCUUUCUCUCCCCCUUCUCAACCGCGAGCCUCAGGCCCGAAACCUCCCGCUUUGCGCGAUUGGCCCCGGCGCAAGAUCAGAGGACGAAAAGAAAGUAAUCGGCAAUUUCACCUCGACAAUAAUCAUGAGUCUAGCUUGUCUAGUAUGCCAUGGCAUGAGCAGCCCCUCACAUUCCUUCAGAAGCUACUCAGUCUCAAGCUCCGAGGAGGAGAACAGGUGCGGAGCUGCUGUUGCCUGCCUGUCGCGGAAAAUUAUGGCCGCAGGAACUGCUAACCGUGUGGGAACGUCAAAGGUGACCCCUGUAAUGGCUACUGGCCAAGGAGGCAUUGAAGGUGCUCCACGCCUCCAAAGGAGCCGAGCUGUUUCAAGGGAUCUUGUCAGAGACUGGAACUUUGACGAGACUGUCGUUGGGAACUAGAUUAGGUGCUAGCAGUUCUUCCCAGGCUGGACAUUGAAUUAUCAUCUGGCAAGAGAGACCCAUCCCUUGAUGUACAUUUUCUAGUAUACAUCUUGGUAUCUAUGUACUACAUCAGUACGCAUUCAACCGAUGAGCAAAUUAUUAAGAGUACUGAUUUCUUAUAGACAGCCUGGCUUGUUCCAUAGUCGCCAACCUGUGUAGUUAUAUCAAUUUUCCAGGGCCACUUUAUUUUUAUUUUAUUGCUGUUAACAUAUAUGAAUGAUGAACUGAGAUUUUUGUUUAGUUUUAAUAUCAUAUGAAGUGGUUGGUGUUGUAGUUUUUGA